GUGUCAAAUAUUUCAAAGAAUGGCGGCGCCGAGAUUAUUCAAACAAUCGCAGAUCUAAAUCGUAUGACUGAUGAGGCAUCAGCUCAAAUGAAAAAGGCCAUCUUUAAUAACUUCAAACUUUUCAUUGACGCAAGUAAAGCCGUGACAGUAAUUGCUGCUAUGAUGCACCAACUGGAUCACCAGCUAGUUGAACAAAAGCGUCUAUGUUCCGCUUUGGCUGAGAAAUCCCUCUUCCAAGAAGGUACGCAGAUCUGUUUAUCGCAAAUCUUGGGGCACAUUGUAGACAAAGCUUCAAGAGAUGAGUCUCAUGAGCUCUCCAAAAUGAACAGUGGAAUUUCUUCUCUCAUGAAUUUGGUUGAUGGUGUUUCAAAUUUAGUCAAAGACUCAGCUAGACAACUUCUAUUUGACACGGAUGCUAUUGAGGUCAACCCUUCUACUUACACAAAACAGAGCUACAUUCAUCUCUUCGUUCUAAGUGACUAUAUUCUUAUUGCGAAAAUGCAAUAUGACUCGUGA